AUGGUGACGGUUUCCGAAGACAACUUCGUAGCCAUGGAGACGCUGUCAGGCCGCCUGUCGAUCCUGGGAUACGAGAAGGCCCUGCAAAGGAGAACCAAGCCUCCGCUCGCCAGGCUCCACUUCGCGGUUCCCGGUGCUGAUGGCGUCGGCGGCAGCGACGGCGAUGUUGACGGCGAAGGAGACGGCGACCGAGCGAGCGACUGGCCGAUGCGGUUCCCUUCCCGCAAGGACCAAUUCCUCGACUUUGUUGCCCUGUCGAAAUGGUUGCUCGAGCAGCUCAGUGGCGGCGGUGGCUUUACGCUUGCUGCUACGGGUGCGCCAGUCACCGAGUGCGCCGGCAUCCUCCAAGCCUGUCAGAGAUUGGGCUUUGGACCGUCGCAACCUAGAGGAGGAGUAGGUGGAGCGGUAGGAACGGAACCACGAUUUCCAUCAGCACUAACACCUUCACCAGCAAGAAUUUCUCCAACAAAUCUUGCGGUCGGCUCCGGGACGGCUGUACUAGAGCUUCUGGGCUGGCUCUCACACGCCGUGCUGAACAAGGUUAAGACGACGCUGUCGCGGGGAGUCGGGGACAGAGAGGACGAGCGGAAGUGGGGGGGGGAGGUACAUGAGGCAAAGCGAUUGACCGACUACAGCGACGAACGAGGAAUACGGGACGAGGAGGGCGGCGUUGUCAUUCGGGGGGGCGAGGGCCGGGUCGGGGCCACAAAAAGAAAGCCGGGAGAGACGGCCAUUGCCAGUCGAACGAGGGGAGGGAACGGCAGCAUCGGCAGGCACGGGAGGAACGACUCCGCUUCCUCGAAUAACAACACCGCCGCCGGCCGUAGACGCCACCGCGUGAUCCACCAAAGCACGAAUGGGAGAUAUAUCGAAGGUAAGGGCAAUGAGAGAACCGGCGAGAAUGCGUCGGUGGCGGUUCCCGCAGCCGGUGCCCGCGGGAACAACAACGGCGGCUGCGGUGUUGGCGACAACGCCAGGCGGCGUCGCGCCCUGCCACCAGAGCUGGCGUCGAUGAUGUCGACGACGGCGGCGGUUUCAUCCGCGGUUCGGCUCGUCCAUGGACGAUGGACACGGUAG